AUGGACUCUCCAGCAGCAGCGAAUGUUUUGGGGACCCUUGGUGCUAAAUGGACCGUUGCCCGCGCCCUCGCUGUCGUCGUCCCCGUUGCGGCCCUGAUGGGUGGCAUCCAGGCGGCCCUCAUCGUCGCUCUGCGCAUCGCCCGCCAUGCCGAGGCCGAGUGGCCCCUCACGCUCAUGGCCGUGCUCUCGGCCGUGCUCCUCGCCGCGGGCGUGCUGACGCACUACUGGGACAUCUGGACGCACCGCACCGUGCGCGGCAUAUCGUUCCUCUUUGUCGGCAUUGACGCGCUCGGCGACGUCUUCUCGCUCGCGUCCGUCGUCUUCCAGCCGCGCCUGGAUGUACUCGGCAUGGUCAUCUACGCGACGGAGCUGGUCCUCUGGAUCGGCGUCUUUGCUGCCGGGGGCUGGUAUAACCUGCGGCCGUGGAUGCGGGGCAAGCUGAGCAAGGGCGGAGAAGGGGAGGACGAGUCGCCUGCUGCUGACGGGCCGGGUGUGCAGAUGGACGGUAUCACGGCGCAUGGAAACCACUCGUCGAGUUCGGUCUUUCGGACGGCCUCGAGGGAGGAGGCCAGCGGGGUACAUCACAGGAUGGUCACUUCACUCAGGGGGAGCGUAGAAGGAUGA